GCAGCGGCCCCGCGAGGAGGAGGAGGAGCCGCCGCCGCAGCAUCAAAGAGACCGAAUUCCCGCGGCCUGGGGGGGAGUCAUGCUUUGCGGUCUGUAAUGUCAGCAGAACAGGAGAAGGAUCCCAUUUCGCUGAAGAGAGUUCGAGGUGGUGAUAGUGGACUGGAUGGGUUAGGAGGACCAGGUGUACAACUAGGAAGCCCAGAUAAGAAAAAACGCAAGACAAAUACACAGGGGCCUUCUUUUCCUCCAUUGUCUGAGUAUGCUCCACCACCGAAUCCAAACUCUGACCAUCUAGUGGCUGCUAAUCCAUUUGAUGACAACUAUAAUACUAUUUCCUAUAAACCACUACCUUCAUCAAAUCCAUAUCUUGGCCCUGGUUAUCCUGGCUUUGGAGGCUAUAGCACAUUCAGAAUGCCACCUCACGUUCCUCCAAGAAUGUCUUCCCCAUACUGUGGUCCUUACUCACUCAGGAAUCAGCCACACCCAUUUCCUCAGAAUCCUUUGGGCAUGGGUUUUAAUCGACCUCAUGCUUUUAACUUUGGGCCACAUGAUAAUUCAAGCUUUGGAAAUCCAUCUUAUAAUAAUGCACUAAGUCAGAAUGUUAACAUGCCUAAUCAACAUUUUAGACAAAAUCCUGCUGAAAACUUCAAUCAGAUUCCUCCACAGAAUACUAACCAAGUAUCUAACCCUGACUUGGCAUCUAACUUUGUCCCUGGAAAUAAUUCAAAUUUUACUUCUCCAUUAGAAUCUAAUCAUUCUUUUAUUCCUCCCCCAAACACUUUUGGUCAAGCAAAAGCACCACCCCAAAAACAAGACUUUAGCCAAGGAGCAACCAAAAACACUAAUCAAAAUUCCUCUGCUCAUCCACCUCACUUAAAUAUGGAUGACACAGUGAAUCAGAGUAAUAUUGAAUUAAAAAAUGUUAAUCGAAACAGUGCAGUAAAUCAAGAGAAUAGCCGUUCCAGUACCACAGAAGCUACAAAUAACAGCCAUGCAAAUGGGACACAGAAUAAGCCGCGACAACCUAGAGGUGCCCCAGAUGUGUGCACCACUGAAAAAAGCAAUAAAUCCUCUCUCCACCCAAGCCGUCAUGGCCAUUCUUCUUCUGACCCAGUGUAUCCUUGUGGAAUUUGUACAAAUGAAGUGAAUGAUGAUCAGGAUGCCAUCUUAUGUGAAGCCUCUUGUCAGAAAUGGUUUCAUCGGAUCUGCACUGGAAUGACUGAAACAGCUUAUGGCCUCCUAACUGCAGAAGCAUCAGCAGUAUGGGGCUGUGAUACCUGUAUGGCUGACAAAGAUGUCCAGUUAAUGCGUACUCGAGAAACUUUUGGUCCGCCUGCAGUGGGCAGUGAUGCUUAAUCACAGGCAUUAGUUAAAGUGAUUUUUUUUCCUGUGUAUUUCAGAGGCUCAGUGACACAGGAUUUUAAUGUUUUACAUUAUUUUUUUAAAUGCACAUACAAAAAGAUUAUUUACCUUUCAGUUUUUGUUAAUAUUCUACUUCAUUACCAGUACAAAUUUUGUAUUGUCUUUGUUUGCUAUCUUAAAUGAGAAUAAUGUAUAUGGGGGUGCUUUAGAAAGUACUAUACAAAUAAAUGUUAGUUGUCGUUGUUGUUGUUAAUCAUAAACAUAAAAGCCUCUUGAAUCUUCAAAAUAAUAUAUAGCAAAUGUAGGCGAGUUUUGACUUUUAAAAGUUAGAAUCAUUGAAAAAUGUACAUUGCAGAGCUGAACUUUGGCAAUAUUACAUUAAACAGUUCAAAAAAUUUUUCAAGGAUCUAUUUGACAUAUGUUUUCAAAAAAGCAUAUGUAGCUGUAACAUGGAAGAAAGCAUACAUUUUAAUGGAUGUUUUAAAAAAUAAUAGAGUAUGACACCAGAUUUCUCCCCACUAGGGUCCUUGAAAUUAAUGACUUUCCUAUUUUCAAGUCAGUCUUUCCAAGAUAUCUGUUUGUACAGAUAGGAGACAGAUGUUAGCAUAUAGUAGAUGCUCAGUAAGUAUUUGUUGAUUGACUUGUGGAUUGUACCACAUGAAAUUGCUAAUACUAGAUCAGUUGAAAAUUGACUGCAAUUAGUAGAGUUGAAGUGAAGUAUGUUUCUAGUUGUGCUGUUUAGAAUUGUAACAGUGUUAUGCCCUUCACUCUUCAAUUUCCUUUGAUUAUUGAGUUUUUUCUUAUUGUUUUCCAGACAAAUAAAUAAUAUAGUAUCCUCAGAAGAAUUAUGGAUACUUCUUUUAAUAUGAUUUCAAGCCAGGACAAUACUGCAAAUGAGAUAGGUGUAAAUAUCAAGUUGGGCCUACAAGGCUCCGCUGGGGAAAGAACACCACUCAGUGGUGGUUUGAAAAAUCUUGUUCUGGGGAAUCUGGAUUCAAAAAUGAGCCUCAGGGGAGAUCAGAAUCCAUCUUAAAGACCAAUUAAGAGCCAGGGUGAGAGCUAACUCACAAACAACAAUUCAAGGCCUUGAAGCAGACAGGAGCUUCUGUGACUGGGAAAAGUGAAAAGAUGAAUCCAAGAACAUCCUCCUGGGAGAUGAUCAAGAAUGAAGACAGUUGGAGGUGUACUCAUUAAGAUUCAAAAAAGCAGAAACAUAUUUUUAGAGUGGAUCAUGAACUGUGACCAAAAAAAAAAAAAAGAUACUAUAUAUGACAAUUGAUAGCAAUUUAUACAAUAUUUGGAUAUUUUUGAAGCUCCCAAACUUGCACCAUCAUCGUUGUGACCAAAAAUGUUCUGAAGACCAUAUGGUGAUCUGCAAAAGAAUAAUUACUAUUGCUUAAACCCUGGUGAAACGACAGCAGCAGCAUAUUGCUGAGGAAGUAAAAUUAUGCAUGAAAAUUUUGAUCAAGAAAGGUCCUUUGGUUAAUAAACAUGAGCCCACACUUUUACAUGACAGCACUUGACCUCACAUGUCACAAGCCACGAAAGCAAAGUUAAUUCAAUUGGGAUAUUCAAUGUCGUCAUGUCCAUUGUAGUCACCAGACCUUUAUCCAAUGAACUACCUUCGUUUUCAUCAUUUGAAGCUUUUUUUUUAAGAAACAACAUGUUCUCCAAUUAAGAAGUAGUAAUUGGAGGAUCUGAACAAUUUAUAUAUCUGAAAAAAUGACAAUUUUUUUUAAAAUGAAAUAUUUAAUAUCUUACUAGAAAGUUAUUAAUACUCAUACAUAUUUUGAUUGAAUAAAACUUAUUUUUUUAAAUACAGUGUUUUAAUUUUGACCUACAAAAACAGCAAUUUCAUAUGGUACAAAGUAGUAGAAGGUUUUCUCCAUUUACCUGUGACUAGUUAGAGGUGAGUACAAAAUAUUUUCAAUACAGUUGUAAAAUAUAUAUCUUUACAGUUUUAGAAAAUGAAAUGAUAUAAAUUCUAAUACUAGGUACUCCUCUGUGUGACAUCUUUACCAGUUGAAGCAGGUUAAAUGCAGUAUUUUUGGCUGACUCUGACAUUUGAUGUGUUCAGUAGCAUACUUGAAAAUCCCAUUUUGCUUACAUUAUAGUUUUUAUUAGAGAUACACAAUUUUUUAAAUGUUUAAGGAUCUAGUCAUGUUCUUGAAAUCCUAGUAAGUGCUGAUUUUUAAGAAAUGAUGCACUGCAUGCUAAAUGCUUAUUCCUAGCAUCAGGUCAUGAUUUUUUAUGAUAAUACAGUUAGAUAUUGAGUAGAACCUUACAGUGUUCUCAGGAGUUAACAUUUUUCAUGGUAGUACUUGCGUUGUACUUAUUGUUAAAAUUGAUUUUGUGGUUUCUUAAGCCAUCUGUUGCUUACACUUUCAGUAGUUGUGUGAAAGUGAAGUAACCUCUCCCAAGCUAGUAUAAAGAUACUUGAUUCAUAUUGAGAUUCUUUUCCAUUUCCAAGUAGUUGUUUUUAAAAACUUACAGUUGAAUUUUUAUUCAAGUAUUUAGGUCUUCAGAGCACCUUAUUUAAAUAAGAAUCUGUAAAUAUUCAAAAGAAAACUCAUGGUUGACUGACAGUGAGUCACUGAAAAACUAUAAAAUCAUAGUUCAUGAAUGUUUUCAUGUCUUUGAAGUACUUUUCUUUACUAGUUCAUUUGUCUCCAUAUGACACUAAGUCAAAAAUUAUCUAGACAGUUUUUGAUAGGAAAAAUGAUGAACUAUAAGAAUGGCCAGGUACCAAUUUGUCCAAUUUGACCCAAAUAAGGCUAUUAAACAAAUUGUUAUGGCUUUGUUAGGACAAGUGAUGAGCUUCCCUAAACAUUUUUAAAUAUUCAUUGAUAGAAAGAAAUGUACAUAGGUCGAAUAGCCUUCCAGUAGCAUUGCACAUUUUUUUAUGUAAUCCUUUUCUUUCACUGAAAGGCCUCAUCUUGCAUGCACACAGAUACACACCCACAUACACACCCACACAAUUGAACAGGAAAUCAUAGUUUCUCUUACCUUCUCAAGUUUUGUCUAGUUUAACCUGACUGACCCUCAGCAACUAGGCUCUCUCACGACAGCUAGUCAUGAUAGUUUUAAUGCAUCAGUUCCUUUCUCAGAACUCACUUUUUAUUCAUUUCACUGCUUCUAGAUGCUACUGGACUCACUAAUGCUGAAACAGCUUAGCUUGUAAAAGAAAAUUUAUUCUUCAGAUAGAGUGCUUAGAAUUAGAUUUGUGAUCAGUGUUUUUUUCCUUUGGUGUGAAAUACUUUUAGAGUACUGCUAUUAUGAUUCUUGUUAAUCCAAAUUAGAUUAUGUACAUAAAGCAAGAUUUUUCUUGUAAUAGUGCUUAUUCUUCUUAGAGUAACAAUAUAAAAAAAUCCAAUCUUUUUUUUUUUUUUUUUUUUUAGACUCCCAUCUCUGCCUACUGGUAGGGAAAAAAACCUCAAUAGUGUGAGUCACCAUGAAUUCUGCUAACUUUAAUCAUCCAAAUAAGUAUCAGGAGUCUUCAUCUAGUAUUCUUUCAAACUUGUUUGUCUUGAACAUAUUAAGAGUGCUAGUACUUAUUGUCCAUACUAUAGUAAUUGUAUUUAAUAGUAAAAAAAAAAAAAAAUGUAAGUAAUGGUUUUUUCUAAGGGAGCUCUAAAGAAUUUUUGAGUUUCUUUUUUAUAGUGUAUAGAGGUUUCAUAUGCAUGAACAUUUGUGCUAUUUUAGAUUUUUUUUAAUUAAAAAGUUCAGUUAAGAGCAUCCAGGCUCCCAAAGUUCAUUUGUAAAUAGUGGUUUGGAACAUUAUAUAAGAUGAUUAGAUUGUUAGGAAAGCUCAUAAAGGCUUAUUUAAACCAUAAUGUAGUUAAGCGAUAGUAUCAUGCUGAACACUCAGUUUUCUUUAGGGAACCAAUCAGUGUAGGAAGUAGAAAGAAACAGAGGUCUUCCUUUUUCCUGAUGUGAUUCAGGUAAGUUUAGUUUCUUGGUGUUAGUGUUUCCUAGUUGCCCUCUUACGUCCUAAACCCUCCGGUGGAAUGCUAUGUAAGUCAGCUUGCCUCUUCCCUUACUGGAUGCCCUGUGCUCCAAAAUUCCAUAUUUUUCCUCCAAUCAAAAUUCCCAUUUCUUUCUGUGGUUAUGGCUGGCUAGAUUUUAAGGAAAAAGUGUUUUCCACCGAGAUGCAAAUGAAGAUAGUGAAGAAAGUGGGAUUAAACAUUUUUUUUAAGACUGCUUAUUCAGAAUGAAGUUUUAUCUAAUAUCUAAGAUUUCAGACAAUAUGACCACAUUUCAAGUACUGUAGGAAGCAGUAUUUUUAUCAAAUUGAUGGAUGCUGUCUUGAGAAUACUUCCCAAUUUCCUUUAGGUUUUUGGAUAUUUUCAUAGUUUCCUCAACUUUUGAACUCAGAGGUUUCUUCUCAUUUCCACAUUUUAGUAACUUCCCCCUUUUCUGUAUUCUCUUUAUCCAGUAGAGCAGUAUAGAAGUCACAUCUGCAUUUUUCCAACUUUUGGUACAGUAGUGGAAGUCUAGAGGUACUCCUGGAGUAAGGAGGCUAAGGCUGGCAUUAACAUCUCCUAAGACAUAUGGUCUAGGGGAAAUGAAAAAUGGCUGUCAAUAAGCCAGACAUGAAUACGUCAGAGGCUGCCUGUAUUUCAUUGAAAAUUUUUAAUGAAAACCCGAGAUAAGCUUCAUCUUUGUCAGUUUGUCAAAAUACAUUACUUGCAAUUAUAUUAAAACUUAUUCUAAAUACCUGUACUUUUCUUGUUCUGUAGAUGAUAUAGAUGAUGUUGCUUGUUAGUUAAAAUAUCUUUUAUAAAAGAAAGUCCUGCUUCUUAUCAUGAUGUAUGUGACUUAAAUGACUGUUUCAUAUUAAAACUAUUUCUUCCUUAUGUACUGUUUACAUAUACCUCUUUUUGGGAUAUUAGUUCAGUACUUUUAUACAAAUCUGAGUGUGUUCCACAUUGGUGACAUGUAUUUUUGCAGUAAUUUUUUGUUUUGUUCUUAGAGCAUGUCUGAAGUAACACAUGCACUAGUGCUGUGGUCUGUGGCAAAAUUACUGUAAUUCAAAUUGGAAAAUAAAAUGUUUCCAGACUUUGUCCAACA